AUGGCAAUGGGGUUUGGUGGCUUGCUGUUGUGGGUUGUGCAUGAGGGUGUUAGGAUUUGGGUUGGGGGUGGGUGUAGUGGAGAGCUUUUAGCGCUAGGAGGUGAAGAUGGUUUGGAGGACUUGACGAUGAGAUGCUGGGUGGAGGGUGGCCGAAGUGUGGGUUUGAUCAUAAGGCCCUAA